AUGGCCACGAUAUCAAAAAGCCCCUUUGAUCUUCCGAGGCUGCGUGUGUCACUCGGCUUCGAGAACGAUGCGCGGUUUCUGGAGCACGACGACAAUGUAGCCGAGUUCUUCGACGUCAAGUUCUGCCCGUACCAGCCUCUCGACUGCGAUCCCGUGUUCGCCGCCGUCAGCAAGAAGCACGUUGUCCUUUGCAAACUCUCACAAAAUUCGGGGGAUGCCAAUCCUUGCGAGGUGAUCAAAGUCAUCAGGGAUGGUGAUGGCGAGGCAUCGAGUUGCUGCUGCACAUGGACCAAGGAUCCCGCCACCGGUCAUCCUUACAUCUGCGUCGGUGGAGUCGACGCAAAGGUCAAGAUCUACAAUGUCUCCGACGGUAACUUGGUUGAGUGCCUCGUCGGCCAUGGAGGCGACGUCAACGAUCUGGCCACGUCUCCCGUCGACUCGUCUGUCAUUGCGUCAGCUUCAGACGACACCAGCAUCCGCAUAUGGAGCAUCGACCCGGUACACAGGCAUCAGCCAUGUCUCUGCAUCUUGGCAGGUGAAGGGCACUCUUGGAGCCUUUUGACGUUGGCCUUCCAUGACAGCGGUCGAUAUGUUCUCUCCGGGGGCCAUGACCAAGUAAUCAACUUGUGGACAAUACCGGAUCUCCCGGUCGAGCCCGUCGCAACCCCGCUGCAAGUCCACUAUCCUCAUUUCUCGACCUCAGCGGUCCACAGCGGCAUUGUCGAUUGCGUCGCCUUCUACGGAGAUCAGAUCUUGUCGAGAGCCUGCCACGACAAUGUCAUCGUCUUGUGGCGGAUCGAGGGCUUCUCGUCAGACGGUGACCCUCCACCACAAAGCGCAGCCCCAACACCGCAGAUUCCGGUUCCAACCAGCAACGAGGAAUCAGACCGUCUCACACGAUCAGCAUUUGUUCCCGCAACGUCACCGCUAUGUCCGGCUCAGUACACUCGCAUGCUUGAAUUUCAUACUCCGAAUUGUGGCCCGCAAUUCUUCAUGAGGUUCAAGCUCCUCCAUGUCCCCGGACAGAAUCCUGUGUUGGCAUUUUGCAACGCCGCCGGAAACAUAUUUUUCUGGGACCUCACAAGGCUGACGGUGUACCGCGACGUCAUGGCCAAGGUGCGCGAUCCAUAUCGUGACAAGAGCAAGGCGGUUCAGCUUCCGAGCUGGCUCAAGCCAGUGAUCCCUCGACAAAGAGCCGAUGCUAUGAGCCGAUUCCGGGCGCUGGGCAGCGACAGAGAUUCAAUAGCCUCCUCCGGGCAGGUUGAUUCCACUGACCUUAGCCCCGAAACCCUCGAGUCGUGGGCGUCGAGAUACAGCAUGGAGGAUCCGCAGGAGCCGCUUAAGGCACACAAAACCGAGUCGUCGUCGAACAACUUCGUCGGACGGCAGGCAGCCUGGAGCCCCGGCGGUGAGUGGUGCGUGGUGGUCGGAAGUUCCAACACGGCGCUGGUGUUGCAACGCUGGGCAAGGCGGGCCGCGCAGUCCAUGCACAUAUGA